UGUCGAGGAACAAUUGGGUAAAACAAGAUUCCACAUAGGCAAUUAGAUAUGGUGUGUUUAAUAAAGUGACGCGGCAACACAUGAUCUUAGAAGGCCAACAGCAGCAAAGAAAUAGAUUUAUGGAUAUGCCAAGUAGGAUAAGGAUAAGAGCAGUGGAUUCCCAUGACAGAAGCAGCCGUCCGAUGCCAAAAAUCCAGGAAAUCAAGGGCCAGCUUUCAAUCUCGAAGCAUCACCACAAUUGCACCAUUGAAAAUGGCGACUUCACUUAAUUCAUUAAUCCACUGAAAAAGAAAAAUCGUUGAGCAGAGAUGGCCAGCGUGACCACGCAAGCCUCCGCCGCCGUAUUCCGGCCAUGCCGGUUCCUGAGCGGUUCAGGCGGAAGACUGAACCGGGAAGUGUCGGUUAAACAGGCGGUUUCAUCUUACAAAUCAUUGAAAGUGGAAGCCAAGAAGGGUGAAUGGCUACCGGGGCUGGCCUCUCCGGCGUAUCUGGAUGGCAGCCUGCCCGGAGACAACGGAUUCGACCCGUUGGGACUGGCGGAGGACCCGGAGAACCUGAAAUGGUUCGUGCAGGCGGAGCUGGUGAACGGGCGAUGGGCAAUGCUGGGGGUGGCCGGGAUGCUGCUGCCGGAGGUGUUGACGUCCAUCGGGAUCCUGAACGUGCCCAAGUGGUACGACGCAGGGAAGGGGGAGUACUUCGCGUCGUCGUCCACCCUUUUCGUGAUCGAGUUCAUCCUCUUCCACUACGUGGAGAUCAGGAGGUGGCAGGACAUCAAGAACCCCGGGAGCGUCAACCAAGACCCCAUCUUCAAGCAGUACAGCUUGCCCCCCAACCAGGUCGGCUACCCCGGCGGCAUCUUCAACCCCCUCAACUUCACCCCCACUCUCGAGGCCAAGGAGAAGGAGAUCGCCAACGGGAGACUCGCGAUGCUGGCGUUCCUCGGGUUCAUCAUCCAGCACAACGUCACCGGAAAGGGGCCGUUCGACAACCUGCUGCAGCACCUUUCAGACCCCUGGCACAACACAAUCAUCCAGACAUUCAAGGGCUGAACCACAGAUUUAUAGUAUUCGAGUGGUGGAUGGUUUUUGUGUGAAAUUUGAGCUGUAUUUGUAAGACAUUAAUGUACAGGGAGAAGCAACUUGGAGUUUUAUCAUCGAUACAUUACUACAUCUAUCUCAUUAUCAGUCAUCAUCGAUUUCUCCAACAAAAAACACAUGCACCUUCCUUUUUAGCCAACACAAUAUAUUAUGUUUGUUUUCCUACAAAACAAAACUAAACCAAUUCUCUAUCCAUUGGCUAACACAAAUACGCGUCUGCCUCUUUUCUUCGCUUGCGCGAGGCCGCAGAUAUGCAAGCUGUGUACCAACCAGAUUCCACUGAGUCACUUGAUUAGUUUGGUGGCUGC